AUCUGCAUUUGCUGUGUUCAUUUCGUUUUCAUUUCAUAUAUUACCAUUACCUACUUUCAUUUUGAGGCUUUGAAGUACAAAAACAAAGCUUAUGAAACAAAAUAACUUGCGGCCAUUCCUGAUCUGUAUUAAUGUGAAAUGUUUAUAAAUUACAUCUGGACUCAUGUGUAUGGAAAUGAAUUUACAAACUCUAUUUCAGGAUUUCAAUCCUAGCAAAUUCGUUGUUCAUAGUUGUUUACUCAUAUUUACUGCGUUACUAGCGUUAAAGUUAGAUAAUUCUAUAUCAUGGUCUUACUGGGCCGUGUUCACACCAAUAUGGGUUUGGAAAUUCUUGGUCGUGCUUGGCGCUACAGUAGGUACUUACGUUUGGUGGCAAUAUCCUCACUUUAGGUUAGAGGGCGAAGCCUACAUCCACUAUAAAGCAAUGCUGAUCAGCCUUGCCAUCCACCUGAUCCUGCUUAUGUUUGAGCUACUAGUGUGUGAUCAGCUGACCACUGGCCGCCACACAUGGGUUUUGGUCUUCAUACCAUUAAUCUUUAUUAGUAUUGUUUCUAUUGCCAUCUGUAUAUGGUCUGUGAAACAUGAUCGUAGUUAUGAGCUGGAGCUGUUUUGUGCUGUGAAUAUACUGCAGUUCAUAUUCUUGCCACUGAAGCUGGACGUAGUCAUCUUCUGGUCGUGGGAGGUGGUGUUUGUGCCGCUUUGGAUCCUGAUGUGCCUCAGCCUAGUAGGUGAGUGGGUGCUGUAUAGCAUAAUAUUCGCGGGCAUACUCUUGCGCACGCCGGAAGUCAACAUCCAGCAGCGACGGACCAGCUUCAACUCGGCGCUCGCCUACACUUUCACCGUCAUACCUAUAUUGGUGUUCCAGGUGCUGCUAACGAACAAGCUGGAUGAUGGUCUGUCUCUGUCAUACAUCGUGGUGGUCAGUCCGCUGUUCGUCAGCUAUGCCACGCUCAUCAUCAUGUCCUUCAGCUCCAAGGGAGGAAACAAAUGGUGGUUCGGCAUCAGGAAAGACUUUUGUCAAUUCCUGCUGUCGGUAUUCCCCCUCCUGCAGGAGUAUGCGAACAUCGCGUACAACAACAACCGGGGCUCCGGUGCGUCCGAGUCCGCGCAGGAGCCCUACCGAGACGACGACACACACAAAAAGGUUAAAGACAAAAAGCCCCACAAAAAUCAGAAGAAAAACGAGACCAUGAAACCUGUAGUGCCUCCUACUAGUAUAGAUAUGCCCGAUUGAUGCCAGCCUCGAUGCUCUUGCUCAGUGUGUUCACGUAUGCGGGUAUUCGUGUUUCUUGUAAAUAUUUCGCUUAAACGUGGACGCAUUGUGGUAAACUAGGCACAGUCGAAGUGAAAACUGUUAAUAAGUAUACAUAGAAAAUAUUAGAUUUGUAGUUGCAUGACCCAUUUGGGAGAUGCUUAUGUAAUUGUGACGCUUACAUCUGAGUUAAUACGCUGGCGUAUAAAUCAGAGCGUGUUGUUGCGCUAUUUUGAAUUAUUGAUGAUUUUAACAUUUCUUACCAACAAACAAUUAAAAAAGUCAUUAUUUAAGUUUAAAAUUUGUUUUCUAACAACUUGUCACUCUCACAGUAAAUAAAUAAAUUAUAAUAAAUAUUGCAAUAUAAAUUGCAGUUCUCUCGGAAUAUAAAUCUUUUUGUCUUAUGUAAAAUUUAUAUAGUACAUAAUUAUGUAUUAAAGCCUGCCUUUAGUUUACCGCGGUGCGUGUAAAGCUAACUGUAACUGAGCAAUAUUUAGCCUAGUUAAGUUUGGUAAUAUAAUAUUAUGCGACAGUGGCCAUCAUCUAAUGGUUCUUCAUAAAUCGUAUUUAGAGGCCUUACUCUCAAGUUUUCUAAAUUGCAAGUUAAAUUGAUACUAAUUGUUAAAGUGCUAAGGCUCAAUUUAGCUUGUCGCAAGUACAAAAGUCAUAACAUAUCAAUAGGGCUUGGUUGACGAGUGAGUCACUUAUAUUGAAAUGUUUAUUCUCUUAUAUUUUACAUAUUAGCAAAAACGAAACCAACGUAAAGCAAUUCAUAUUUCAUUGACAUUCUUCAAAUUCAUUUGCAUUUUACAUUGUCUCUUUCAAAACGUAUUUUGCGGUGCUAUAACAGAUUUUAAAUAUUUUCAUUACGUAUUUGGCGAUUGUACAUUUUCGUGGUAUGCGCAAUACCACAAAGUUAUUUUUAACCAGACGAAAUUAGAAAACAAAUUCAUUUAACAAAUUAUGAUAAAAUACUAUAUAAUUAGUUAGAUGUGCUGUAAUUUUAAAGUUAUCCAGUAAAAUUACUAUAAUUUAAGUCAUAUCAAGAAAAGCAAUCAUGAGUGUGUAGUGUAGUUCUACAGUAUCUUCUGUCUCGUGCAUAUCGCUUUAUUGUCGCUUUAAACCAUGCCUAUAACAAACAUAACAUACAUCAUUUAAUUUGUCUAUAACGAAUGGAAAAUAAUAUGAGGGCACUGUGUUCGCAGGACUGGCAACAUUCUGUGUUUAUCAACCAAUUGCAACAAUUUUUAGUGUUGCAAUGAUAAAAAAUAUGGUUCAUAUUUUAUGAUCGCGUUGACUUAUUUUUUUCACCGCUGAAAGAGGCAUGUUUCGAGUUAUAUAUGGUCAUAUAUCCGUGAAUUUGAUGUAAAUUUAAACCUGAUACUUCAAAGAUUUCCUGGAAAAAGUGUGUAGAUGGACAACGAAUUGAUCCUAUAUGGGUUUUUUUACUAUUUGUACGGACCUCUUAAUGUGUAAUUUAGCAAAAGUUUUCUACUCUUUAUAGACAAACUAUUAUCUAUAGGCACUUGAUUUUUGAUAUUUGAACGCUAUAUUAAUUAAAGCGUCAUUGUAAAAAUACAAUAGUUAAUUUUUUAUUGGUUUUUACAUUGAAGGAAUUGUUCUUGGGAAAAGAGACUAUGCUUGAUGUGCAGCUUAUUUAAACAUUGCUCAGAUUUUCCUAGUGGAUUAAGAUCUUAUUUGAUUCAGAUGAUAUAGAUAAUCUAUAUCAAUGCAAAAAAAAACACUUGAACGUAUAACCUCCUCCUUUUUUGGGAGUCGGUUAAAAAUUAUUUGUCAUUUUUUAACUGAUUCAGAAUAGGCCAAUCAGCUGAUUGGACCCAGUAUGGAAACUCAAAUUUUUUCACUGUGUAUUUCAUGCAAUUUGUUGUAUUCCAUGCACCGAGUUUAUUGUGAAAAUUUGUACACUGAAUAAAAAAUUACCCUGAAUAUCACGAUUGUUUAAGCAAGUAUCAAAUGUUGACAAUACAAAAUUAUGUAAAUAAUAUUGUGUAAAUCUAUCGUGAUAAAUUUAAGGCAUAGUGGCCUUUGUUUAUUGAAUAUAAUAUACUAAAUUUUACAUAUGAUCUCUGUCGCAUGUUUUCCAGUGUGGAGCGUUCGUCUUAAUUAUUGCUUUAAAUGUUGUUUUUGGCUUUCUUUCAUUAUUUAUCCUAAACGCAGUUUCAUCCUAGUUUGGUACCCUAUAAAAUAUAAUUUAUGUGUAUCUUUCUGGUAUUUGAUUGUUACCUGUUUCUAAGUGGGAUCUAUGAUACAUACAUCCACAUGUAUCGAUGCUCGCGCCUAUCUCCAGUUUUAUUGUAUUAAGUGUAUCGUCUACAUAUUAUUAUUUUUAGAUAUUACAGGUAUGAUUAUGUUUUUAUUAACUUCGCUUCCAUAAUUAGUAAAUUAUUUUCGGUUUUUGGCCUUCUGUUUAGUUAAAUGGGUAUUUUAGAUAAGUAGCAAAAAUGUAAAUAAAAUUUUUAGACUUUGUUUUAUAUUAUGAUUUAAAUUUAAUAUUACGUUAAUGUUAUGACUUAACUUUUAACUUACGAAAUACAUGUCUCACAGAGACGUAAGGUCGUCAGUUGAAAGAUUAGUUACAAAAUUUGAUGAUCAGAUAGAAGGUGUAACUGAUACAAGUGUUAACAUUUUUAUUCGUUCUUGUAAAUAGCGUAGGAUGUCGUGAUUUCUGCCGAUAAAAUUUAUAGAAUCUGAAUACCUAAGUAGUGAUGUGGUUUCGUGGCAAAAUUCGCGUUGUGGGUGAUGCUACUACUAUACUGUCUAAUAGAUAAAUCGUUCACAGAGUUUUUGGUUACAGAUUUGAGAACCAAAUGGGUGAUUUUAAGCUUAUAUCCCGGUAAUUGUGGCGUUUUAUAAGUCAAAGCAAUAUAUUGGUUGUAUCUUUGGUGGUCGUAUGGAAUAAGAUGCUAAAAUAUCUUUCGAUAGUUGAUAAGAAUAACAACAUUUCUUGGCAAUAAAGAUGACACGAAUAUUACGGGUUAGUAUAAAAAAAUAUUAAUAAAUGUGUGUUAUUAGUAAGUCAUAAAUUAUCAAUUCUUGACAAGAAUUUAUAAAUUAUACUUUUUAAUUUAAAUGAAAUACGAAAAAAAAAUUUCAACAUAACACACACCCAAACCCUGUGUACUUGGGUCUUCGAAUGUUGACUUUUUAGUAUACCAAUUUGUUUUAGUUAAGGUGCUUUGUCUUCUACAAUUUACCAUAGAACUAAUGUCAAAUCGGACUGCAUCAGAAUUGUUUUAGUAUUAUCAUUGUUUAAGUUUUAGGGAUAAUUUUGUAUUUUAACAGAUAUGUUAGAAAAUUACGUUCUGGUGGAGCUAAAUAGUGUUUACGUUUUACACGUUUAGUUGUAAUUGUUGAAAUUUUGCUUGGGCUUUAAGUAUAUCAUCGGAUAAUAGGAGAUUAUUAAUAGCAAUCAAGAAUCACAGGAUAAAUUGUAAUAUACUGUGGCACCUUGCAAAGGUGUUUUCACUCAUGCUAACAUAUUCCGAUUACCAUGCUAUUGGCUUGGGGUAUUCACUCGUCAAAUUUCUUUUAAUAGUGCUAUCUCUUUCAUCUUACGUAACAAUUGAAAUAGAUGUUAUUUUCUUGUGUUAUGCGUUCGCCAAGACGAUGCUAUUGGUGAAAGAAAUUUGAAGACUGCAAUACAUCUGACGUCACACUUAAGUAACAUUACCAUGGUAUUUAUAGUCUAUAUAUUAGUCGUGACAUCAAUUUGUGUGAAACAUAUUAGAGAUUGCUUAUAAAAUAAUGUCGCUUUUAAAAAAUAUAAUGCGGUGUUGUUACUCUAUUUGGUUUACUGUGAUAUAUUUCUUCCUGUCCUGUAACAUGAAGUGAACAUAAACGAUUAUUUUGUUAAAGUUAA